UCACAAGAGAUCCAGAUGCCUGUGCGGUUGGUUCUGGAGCCCGGCCUGGACCUGGCUUGGCUGCGGCGGGAGGUGGGCUGCGAGGCCCCGGCCCCGGCGGUGACCUGCGACCCGAGCAGCCCUUACCGCACCAUCACUGGGGAGUGCAAUCACAGGAGGGACCCCACGCUGGGAGCCGCCAACCGGGCGCUGGCUCGCUGGCUGCCGGCCGAGUACGAGGACGGGCUCUCCCUCCCCUUCGGGUGGACGCCGGGCAAGACGCGGAAUGGCUUCCCGCUCCCGCUGGCCCGAGAUGUAUCCAACAAGAUUGCUGCCUAUCUGAAUGAGAAGGAGGUUCUGGAUCCAAACCGGUCCCUACUCUUCAUGCAGUGGGGUCAAAUUGUGGACCAUGACUUGGAUUUUGCCCCUGACACGGAACUGAGCAGUAGCAGCUACUCUAAAGCCCAGUGUGAUGAGUACUGCAUCCAGGGAGACAACUGCUUCCCCAUUAUGUUCCCCUCCAGUGACCCCAAGGUGAAGACGCAAGGGAAGUGCAUGCCUUUCUUCCGAGCUGGGUUUGUCUGUCCCACUCCACCCUGUCAGUCACUGGCUAGAGAACAAAUCAACGCUAUCACCUCCUUCCUGGAUGCCAGCUUUGUGUACGGUCCGGAACCAAGCCUGGCCAACCGCCUACGCAACCUUAGCAGCCCUCUGGGCCUCCUGGCUGUCAACCAAGAGUUCUCAGACGGGGAGCUGCCCUACCUGCCUUUUGUCACCCAGAGGCCCAGUCCCUGUGAGGCCAUCAACACCACAGCCCAGGUGCCGUGCUUUCUUGCAGGAGAUUCUCGCGCCUCUGAGCAGAUCCUGCUGGCCGCUUCCCACACCCUCUUUCUCCGCGAGCACAACCGACUGGCCAGAGAACUGAGGAGACUCAACCCUCACUGGGACGGAGACAAGCUCUACCAGGAAGCCCGGAAAAUCCUGGGAGCCUUCGUGCAGAUUAUCACCUUUAGAGACUACCUACCCAUCGUGCUGGGUGAUGAGAUGAAGAAGUGGAUCCCUCCAUACCAAGGCUACAAUGAGUUGGUGGACCCCCGGAUUUCCAAUGUCUUCACCUUUGCUUUCCGCUUUGGCCACUUGGAGGUCCCCUCCACUGUGUCCCGCCUGGGUGAGGAUUACCAGCCAUGGGGGCCAGAACCAGAGCUCCCCCUGCAUACCCUCUUCUUCAACACCUGGAGGAUGGUCAAAGAUGGUGGAAUUGAUCCUCUGGUUCGAGGCCUAUUAGCCAGAAAAGCCAAGUUGAUGAAACAGGAUAAAAUGAUGACCGGAGAAUUGCGCAACAAGCUCUUCCAGCCAACUCAUACCAUCCAUGGCUUUGACCUGGCUUCCUUCAAUAUACAACGUAGCCGGGACCAUGGACAGCCUGGGUACAACUCCUGGAGAAACUUCUGUAACCUCUCUCAGCCACGGACGCUGGAGGAGCUGAGCACGGUGCUGGGGAGUGAAAAGCUGGCUGCGAAGUUCCUGGGUCUCUAUGGGACCCCUGACAACAUCGACAUCUGGAUCGGGGCUAUUGCUGAGCCCCCGGUAGAACGAGGCCGGGUGGGGCGUCUCCUGGCCUGCCUCCUGGGCCAGCAGUUCCAGAGAAUCCGAGAUGGAGACAGGUUCUGGUGGGAAAAUCCAGGGAUCUUCACAGAGAAGCAGCAAGCCUCUCUACAGAAAAUGUCCUUCUCACGCCUUGUCUGUGACAACACUCACAUCACCAAGGUCCCGAGGAACCCGUUCCAGGCCCACAGUGACCCCAAGGCCUUUGUGGACUGCUCAGCCAUUGACAAGCUGGACCUCUCCCCCUGGGCCUCAGUGGAGAAUUAGAAGCCAUGGCCUUCCACGUGGCAUUGGGAAUCUACCUUUGGUCCAUGCUGCCAUUUCAAGCAAGUGUGAUGACCCCGGUCCCUUAGAGCUGCAGAUCUCAGUCCCACAGCCUUCCUUUCCAGCUAGACCUCUCUUGCAUUUGUUGGACCAAGGCCAAUGGUAGCCACGUUUCUGGGUCUUCCACCUGGCUCCCAUCACUUCCAACCUCUUAGCCUAUGGAAAGUUUCCUUUCUGACAACAUCCAGGCCCUCUGGGAUGGCAUUCUAACCUGGCUUGACAGGUGCCACCCUUCCUCUCCCUGGCUGAGGCUGUAGACUUCAUCCUUCCCCCAUCCUUCCAAACUAGAUUGUAGGCUUCCUGAGCCCUAGACGUCUGCCUGUGUGUGAGUGCAGCCGGGGGCCUGGCCAUGGUACUCGGGUAGCUUAGUGCUCAAUAAACAUCUGGUGUUGACUGA